UGUGCGGAGCCGAAAGGCGGACCGGGGCUGCAGGCGGAGCGGAGCGGAGCGGAGCGCUCACUGACCGCAGGCCCGACGACGCACAACUACUCCUGGUCGUGGGAGUAGUUGAGUAGAGUAGAGGCGCGAACUUUGGGCUACGGUAGUCCGGCCCAAGUCUUUUAACCUGUUGGGACGUUUUAAAGGAACUGAACGGGACAAAAACAACAACUCUGAAGACUUAAAAAUUCUUCCUUUGCGAUUUUCUUUCUGCGUCUACAGGAACAAGAAUGCCUCUAUAGCAUUUUUUUUUUAAUGGAAAGCUCUAAAUAUUCACACUUUAUUUCCAUGUAUCUAAAGGUUGGGGGGAUCUUAUAGCCCAAAUAUUAGUGGAUAAUCAGUGAAUGCAUGACUUCGGGUCGUCUCGCGCCGGAAUCUCUAAUUGGACUCAUCAUCCCAUCCCGUCCCUCUCGCGAUGCAGCAGGAGCGCCUGCUGAAGGUGCUGGUCAUCGGCGACCUGGGUGUGGGCAAGACGUCCAUCAUAAAGCGGUACGUCCACCAGGUGUACUCCCAGCACUACAGGGCCACCAUCGGGGUGGACUUUGCCCUCAAAGUGCUCAACUGGGAUCACAAGACGGUGGUGCGGCUGCAGCUGUGGGACAUCGCUGGACAAGAACGCUAUGGGAACAUGACCCGUGUGUACUACAGAGAAGCAUUGGGGGCCCUUGUUGUCUUCGACAUGACCAGGUUGGCCACGUUUCAGGCCGUCCUGAAGUGGAAACGAGACCUGGACUCGAAAGUCACUCUGAGCAAUGGGAAGCCCGUUCCAGCCGUUCUGCUAGCCAACAAGUGUGACCAACGUCAACUCGGUCUGUGUCCCAAACUUCCAAAGCUGGAGAAGUUCUCCCAAGACCACGGCUUUGUUGGCUGGUUCGAAACAUCUGCUAAGGAUGACACCAACAUCGACAGUGCCAUCACGUGUUUGGUUAAAGCAAUCACGUCUGCGGAGGAGGAGAAAGUGUCGCGUGACGCCGCUCCAAGCGAGUCCGACGGCGGAGUCAUCGUUCUGCCUCGUUUCGACCACAGCGCCAAGGAGAAGGGACUCAACGACUGCGCCGGGUGCACCUCCACCAAACCCAGACCCGGAGCCAGCGACUGAUGCAGAUCCACUAAUAUCAUGGAGCGAUGACUUCAAAUCUUCCCCUUUCUAACAUUUAGAAGUUUCCCUAACUCUCUGACGGUUUUUUGGAAAACUCUAUUGGAGAUGUUUUCUGACAUUUUUGCUUUUCCUCCAAGUCUCUCUCUCUCUCUCUUUUUUUUUUAACAAACUGGGUAUUGUAUGUUUUUUUUAAGACCAAUUUAAGACUGACUUCAUAACUUCAAAAGCAUUUUCAUGUGGCUGCUGUGUUGGGAAAGAGUUUUGAGACAAAAUGAGGCACGAGGGCAGCAUUCUUCUCAGAAAGAUGAUUGUUAAAAGCACAUCAGCAGUUGUGAGACUUUUCUCUCUCCUGCCUUAAAGUCUUUUCUUACAAAGCGUUUUUUAAUUGUCCUAAAUGUUUGUCUCUGAAAGCUAAUUUCUCUGUGUAUUUUGGAGUGAUUUAUUUAUAUUUUACAUCAAUUAAUUAUUAGACAAAACUCUGUCAUGUUUUACUCUGUUCUGUCUGCGUAAAAGCACAAACUUUCUGUUUUAAUGAUGCCUGUUGCUUUUGUCCUGGAACAGAAAAUCUUUUCUUUCUUUUUUUAUGAUUCAUAAAUUAACUACCACCCAGAGCACACGUCUUCGGAAGCAAUGAGACCUAAAUACAUGGCGAUGCUAGGAGGAAACCCUUCACAAUGGCUCUUAAUUUGGCCGAAUCAGCAACUUUUUAAAAAUACAGACAUAGCAAAUGCAGAUUUGAGCAGUUUUGGAAUAAACGUUGCAUUAAACUUCCACAAAAGAAUCAUACAAGUAUCAUUAAAAAAAAGUAUCAAUCCUCUUUUAGUAAAUUCCUUUAAAAAUGACCACAAAUUCCCCACAGUAGAUAUUCAAGUUGCCUUUUCACAAAAGCUUACAUAACAUUUGCAACUCUAAAUAAGUUUUAUUUUGUUGGACUGAGGGCAAAAACAGCUAUUUGGCUUCUAAAGGUUGCAGACUCUUGGCUCAAAGCGUAUCCGUGUGAUAAAACGAACCAAUUCCUAAAUCUAACAUUAGAAUCCGUUCCAAUCCUUGAAUGUUGCUCUUUAAAUAUUCUCUCUAUCCGGUCUGACUGAGGUAAUUUGCAAAGAAGAAUCUAAAUAAUUUCAGUUUCUAAAUGUAGAAAGCUGGUAAAGAAAAAAAACCCUGAAAGCUCUCUGGCUGUAAUAGCUCUAUUUCCUGAUCGUCCUCCAGGUUCUUUUAGAAUUUGACAAUCUAGGAUUUGCCGGAUCAGUCUUAGGUUCUCCAUUUUCCGUCGUUAUCAGUCACCGUCUCUCCAGGUGACGCUCUGCAAACGGGACACGUCGCUCUUUGUUCAGGUGUGGAUGUUUGGCCUUCUCUGUGAAGACGACUUGUAUCCUGGUAUUGUAGGACUUGUAUCAUUAGGACUUGUAUCCUAAUGAAAGGCCCCCCUUUCCGGCUCUUUUUCGCCACUUUUCACAAGGUUAAAUGUCAUCGUCUGGGAAACCUCUCCUUUAAAUGUCAUUUUCCACCUCAGAUGUUUCUCCGUAUUUUCCGUGAGCUCCAGCUUUUCGUUUCCUACAUCCUGCUGCAUGUGUCAGCAGCUGGGAGCUUCGGAGUCAGUCCUCUAAUGGGUGAGUGUUAAAAGCAGCAGCGCCUGAGGUCUUUCUUUCUUAAUGGUUCUGUUUCCUUUUGUUUCUCUACCUAAGCGCUGAAAGGCGGUAUAAUUUCUUUAAUCAGUGUAAAAGAAUAAUACUUCCUUUGUGGAGCGUGUUCUUUUGUGUCAUGUAUCAGAUGCCAUCUAUGUUGUACAGAGUCAUAAGCCUGUAAAUGUCUUCCUUAAAUGAAAUCAA